GAAUCACACAUGAAUAAACCACCUGUGUUUGCCAAACUGGGGGAAAUCGUUAAUAUGUCUUGCUUUUACCAAAGCCUAAUGGCCAUGCACUUCUCAUGGUACAAGCAUAAACUUGGAGAGAAUCCCAGGCUCAUCUCCACCAUUUACAAAAACAUACAGCUCUCUGACUCUGCUACAUACUAUUGUGGAAGUGCUUAUUCCAAUGUAAUGGAAUUUGUCGGAGGAACAGAAUUGAUAGUUGAAGGGUUGAAAAGCCACACUGUUAUAAAACAACCUGCUUUAAUUCCAUCACAUCAUGGAGAUUCAGUGAGUCUUAACUGCACGGUUCUAAAUAAGAAAUGUAUGGGGAACAACAGUUUGUACUGGAUCAUUCAGGAAUCAGAAGAAUCUCACCAAACAUUCGUUGCCGCACAUGGAACAAGUAUUGGUCAUUGUGAGUUGAGCUCCAAAGCUGAUUUUAGAGCCCAUAGAUGCAUAUACAGCUUCUCUAGGAAAGACCUCAAACUUUUUGAUUCUGGGACUUACAACUGCACUGUUGCUGCAUGUGGGGAGAUGCUGUUUUGGAAUGACGCCAAACUGGACAUUAUAGGUGCUGAUUUAGCAGAACAGAUGAUGACUUUUGUAAUUCUUUCCAUUGUUAGAACAUUCCUUCUUUUAAUUACUGUUGCCACAAUUACUUUUUGGUACUGCAUCAAUUCAAAAAGAAAUUCAAAAGAUGGCUGUUCUCCAUCUGCCAUUGCUUUCUAAGAUACACAGUCCAACCUGAAGGAAGACCAGGUCUGUUGAGGAAAUCAGCUUCUGAUCAUCCAUAAUAUGUAGCAAAGCAUGAUAAAAAAG